GUAUUUUGAAUCCUUUUGAAGACUUUCAAGCUUGGAUGCAUUCCAGACGCUGAUGAUCAGUCAUAUAAUUAUGGAUCAAGGGGUAGAUGAUGAUGUCAUGGACACCUCUACAGAAUCAUACAGAGAUUCGGAUGAUGUCAUGGAUAUUUCUCCAGUGCUAUACAGAAAUCCAAAUGAUGUCAAUGCUCUAGUUAAGCAUCAAUAUACAGAUGACAUUAUGGAUAAAUCUCAUGAAAAAGAUCGAGAAGCAGAUGAUGUCUUGGCUCCUCCUCCAGAGGCACAUCAAAACCGAGAUAACACGAAGGACAAUCCUCCACUGAUAAAUUCUGAAAAAUAUGAAGAAAACCUAUACAAAGACGAUUCUGAGCCAUCUGGGACAGAUUUAACCACCAAAACUGAAUUUCAGAUGCAACCAACUUCAGCUCCUUCCACAUCACAUGUUCAAGACCAUGGUCUAAACAAUCCUGGAACCUCAAUUAAAGCACAUGGAGAAUACGAGGAUCAUGUGAAACCAGUAGAAGAAGGGAGCAACCUCAAACCUGAUGCUAACGCAAAAACUGUUGCACAUAUGUGUCCAGGCUUUAACGAUUCAUCUCAUAAGAAAAAGGAUCACGGUGAUCCCGAUUGGACCGUUGCAGUGUUUGGAAGCUCUGAUGCUCUCCAGUUUGGAUGCGAUAACAUUCUACUCGGAGAGAAACAACUCGCAGAAUUUCCAAUGAUCGCUCAAGAGAGGAGGAUUUCAGAACAUCGUGUGUCAGUGAUCAACAUGAUUGACUCACAUGAGACUGAUUUCAAACCUCUCGAUCAUGCUUUUGGACAAAUAGUGAAUGAAAAUGAAAUCCACGCCUUCAUCUUUGUCGUGCGAUUGGGCCAGUUAACAGAUGCUGAUAAGAUGGGUAUUGAAUGGCUACAGAGAAUAUUCUCUGAUCAGGUUCUUUCAUUUGCCAUUAUUGUCUUCACUUAUGAUAAAGAGGAAGAAUGUGAUACGAUAAUAGAUGACCUGAAGAACAACUCUGUUCUGGAGCAGCUGCUGAAAAAAUGUGACGGAAGAUAUCACACCUGCAGCAAGAUCAUGAACAACCAAUCAGAGAUGAGAGAAUUGAUGGACAGAAUCAAGCAUCUGUUCAUAGAAAAUAAUCAGCGGUGCUACACCAGACAGAUGAUGUACACAACUUUAAGAGACCAGCAAGACAGCGAAUAUCAAAGUGGUAUCACAGCUUGCACAGAAACACUAAGCAUCGGUGACACCAAUGCACAGACUUUGGGAAGCCUGGUCCAAAUUAAUGAAGCAGAUAAAGAAAAGCUUGAUGCAAAGCAACUCAUUGACAGACUUCAUCUUGAAGGAAAACUGAGCACUGUAGAUUUUCUUAAGCCAGCUGCACAAUCACAGUCCCAAGAGUCUUGUGCAGAAGAGGAGCUGGCUUCAGUUUUUCUGCAGAAAUUGAUGAUGAUGGACUACAGAGCAAGAUGUCUUCAGAUUAUAGAGACUAAAGAACAUCACCCACAAAGAAAAAAAGAACCAUCUGAAGAUAAUGGUGAUGCUAAACACUCUGAUGAAACAGAUGCGGUUCAUUUAAUGGAUGUUCAGAUGGCUGUGUUUUAUUGUUCUGAUAGUUUUCUAAAGCAGCUCAUGGUGACUAAACUCUCACAGUGUCAGUAUGCUCUACCUCUGCUUGUACCCAAUCCAUUCACACAACAAAUUGAGUUCCCACUCUGGACAUUUAGACAAAUCAACAAGAGCUGGAAGACAAUAGAUGAGACAGGUAAAAUCUCCAGCAAAUUACAGCCAGUUUGCAAGGCAGAAACUCCAAUGGUGGCUUUCUUCAAGUUUGGUCCUGCAUCCUCAUCCAAGUCUCAGCUGAUGAACAGCCUGAUCAAUGAGAAACACAAUACGUUCUUCCACAGGAACUGCCUGGGCAGCAGCAGAACCAGAGUACUAAUGGAAGGAGUGGUGGAGAUCACCUGGUACUGUCCGUCCGGAGAGAAAACAGAUAAAUUUGAUCAUUGUGUUGCAUUCUGUAACCUCCAUGGUGAUGCAGGAGCCCAUGAAACACAGCUGGAUAUCCUGACUCAAAUGGCUACUGUAAAUAUUGUUAUUUUACCACAACUUGACAAGAAAGACAAAAGCAUGACCAAGAUCCAAAAUUUCUACAAGGACGCAAAGACAUUUAUCUGCCUUCUUACUGACAGUGAUUCAGCUCUCACAGAAAUGCGGGAAGGGAAAUACAAAAUUGGCUUAAAAGACAGAAAUCAGUCAGUUGUAUUUGAAGAAAUCCGAAGAGCUAUAAAUAAUGGGCUUUUGUCCACUGAAUCGAGUUCCUUCUUUAAGCUUGAAGAUGUGUCCAAACACAACAAUAUCAGAGUGGAUGAGGUAGAGGAUCAUGACUGCAAGAAGGGAAAAGAGGCAGCACUGCAGAUGAUAAAUUUACUGAAGGAUAAAGAUCUGACUGAAAUCAAAGAAUCAUUCCUGCCAUGUCAGGGAACCCUGUGGCAUCAGUGGUGCCAGAAGAAUAAAGAACUACAUCGGCCAACAUUAGGAGAACUACAUAAAGAUAGCAACAUUGAAAAGAACAAAAGUUAUAAAAAAUCUGAAAUGCAGCAAAUUCGUGAACAGCAGCAACGAUCUAACCUAAGUCAGUUUAUCAAUAUCUUCAUCCAAAAACUGAAUUCACCAGUAGGAAAUGAGGUGCCAUAUUUUCUGAAAUGGCUGGGCAUCCUGCUGGACAAUUACACUACUGAAAGUCUUUCAGCCCUUCUUCAUGAGUAUGAUGAAAAAUGGUCAACAGUCCUAAAUCUUAAAAAGAAACAUGAUGAAUCAAAGCAAAUGAGUGCAGCCCAAGUCGAACUGGAGAGAGUAUCUGAGAAAUUACAAUCUGCUACCUUUGGCUUGGAGCACAUACUGAGAGAGAUCAGUCAGAUAUAUGAAUCAUGUUCAUCUGUGAAGAAAAACAAAAAACACCUCCAGUUUAACUUCUCCUCUCUUCCAAGUCUUGCAGCAGAGAUGAUGAUCUCUGGAUUUCCACUGGAGCUGAUGGAUGGAGAUGCUGCUCAUGUUCCUCUGCUCUGGGUUACUGCAGUUCUUGAUGCACUCAUCCAGAAACUAGGAGACAAGAGAGUCUAUGUGUUGUCAGUUUUAGGGAUUCAGAGCUCUGGGAAAUCCACCAUGUUGAAUGCCAUGUUUGGACUGCAGUUUGCCGUCAGCGCUGGCAGGUGCACCAGAGGAGCUUUCAUGCAGCUGGUCAGAGUGUCAGAGGAGAUGAAAACACAGCUGGAGUUUGAUUACAUUCUGGUUGUUGAUACUGAGGGACUUCGUGCCCUAGAACUGGCCGGAAGGUCAACAAGAAAUCAUGACAAUGAGAUGGCCACAUUUGUUGUUGGUCUCGGAAAUAUGACAUUGAUCAACAUCUUUGGAGAAAACACAGCUGAGAUGCAGGACAUUCUUCAGAUUGUCGUUCAGGCCUUCAUGAGGAUGAAGAAGAUCAGACUGACUCCAAGCUGCAUGUUUGUGCAUCAAAAUGUUUCUGAUGUUUCAGCUGGGGAGAAAAACAUGGAGGGAAGAAGAAGACUGCAAGAGAAACUGGAUGAGAUGACAAAACUCGCUGCUAAAGAGGAAGACUGUGAAACAGAGUUUUUCAGUGAAGUCAUUGCAUUUGACGUUCAGAAGGAUGUGAAGUAUUUUGCACAGCUCUGGGAAGGCAGUCCACCAAUGGCACCACCAAACCCAGACUACAGCAGAAAUAUUCAGGAUCUGAAGCAGACCAUUCUCUCAAAAGCUAGCAAAUCUAGUGGCGUUACAAUAUCUCAGUUUAAAAUGCGUGUUAAUGAUCUGUGGAACGCACUGCUAAAUGAAAACUUUGUGUUCAGCUUCAAAAACACACUUGAGAUUACAGUAUAUAGAAAACUGGAAACUAAGUACAGUGACUGGACGUGGAGCCUCAGAAGUGCCAUGAGGACCACUGAAAACAAAUUCUUCAACAGAAUUGAAAAUGGGAACAAUAAGGUUCAGGACAGUGACUUGUUGGCUGAAAUGAGGAAUACAAAAGAGGAGGUAGAAAAAUCGAUGAGGUCUUACUUUGAGGAGGACAAAGACAAAGAUAUUCUGUGUCAGUGGCGAGCAAGAUUUGAAACCAGAAUUAAAGAUCUUCAUGAUGACCUUGUGAAGGGAACAAAGCGAAAGUUAGAUGAAGCAGCUGAACAGAAAAAAGCCAGGGAGCAGCUGGAUCAAAAAAGGACAGAUUAUGAAAACAAGCUUUUCACUCGGAGCAAGGAACUAGCUUUGAGCCUGAGAAAUACUGGAAUAGAUGAACAUAUGCUUAAGGAGGAGUUUGACACAAUGUGGAGUAAAUGGGUCUCAGAAAUGACCAAAGACACUUCUCCACUGAAAGACAUUAACUUUUGGGAGGAUGUGACACGGAUAUUACAUGAAAAACAUGAACUGGGUUUUAUAGAUCAGCAGUUAAAACAAAAAGACUAUGAAGUGAUAGACAGCCGAAGUGAUUAUGGUGACUACUUGAUGCUAAAGAAGCAUCUGAAUCAUUCUGAUGAAACAUCAUCUUCAGCAGAAUCUACAGAGAGCUAUAAGAAAAACAAGAGUGAAAUAGUCAGGCGGAUUGGCCAAACAUUUAUAUCAAGCUUAAACUUUUUUAGAAGGCCUCAAAAGCCACCAGAGAACAUGGACCUUAAUGCUGAACUUUAUUCUUCAAUAAGGGAUCUGACUCAUAAAAUUAUUGAGGAGACUAAAAUGAUAAUUAAAAAAUCACAAGUUAGAACACGAGGUUACAACGAGAGUUACAUUCAGGAAAUAACAGACAGUGUUAAAAAGACAGUAGAACAACAUAAAUCCUUGAGCAAAAAAUACACACUUAAAAAGGAGUUUACCAUAGAUAUCAGUCUCCAUGUGUGUGAGAUUGCAAGACAAACUUUCACUGCACACUACAAAGAAUUCAGAGAAGCAAAUGACGCAAGACUUUAUCUUGAAAAGCAGAAAACUCAAUAUUGGAACAUCUUCAAGAACUACUACAAAGGAGCAACAACGACAACAGUACUGAGUGAAUUCAUCUGCAGCAAACUUGAACCGUCUAUUCUACAAGCAGUUUACAAUGAAACUGCUAUUGGUUUGGCAGCACAGAUGAGGAAUGACAUACAGGCAUUAUGUGAGAACAGACCAAAUCUGGAGAAACACAUUCUGAGAUCCCUCGCAGAAAAGGAGGACUUUGGGCAAUACAUUCAAUACAUUUAUAAUCCAAGAAGACACUUCGAACAAUUCAUAAAGAGUGAAGUGGACAGUUAUUUCACCAAACAAAAUGAAAAGAUCUUAAACAUUUUCAAAGGAAAUCUAAAACAAAAGGAACAGAUUGUACGUAAUGCAGUGACAGCAGCUACAGUGGAGGUCAAGAGUCAGAAUGGAGAUGGCAGCUUGUGGUUCAGAUGCUUUACCGAAAGCCUGAGAGAUGAGUUACAACUCACAGGAAACUCAUGUGUGGAUCUCAGUGAAAUUAAAGAUUUGGAUUUUCUUCAAAAUGUUUUAUGUGACAGUCUAGAGAAGACGAUGACAAACCUUCAGAAAGAUUUAAAAGAAUGUAAUAACAUAAAAUUGGAACAGAGCAGGAAAAAACCGGAUGAGAUUUUAAUUGAGCACUUCUGUCAGUGCUGUUGGGUUCAGUGUCCUUUCUGUAAAGCCAUCUGCACCAACACAAUGGAAGACCAUCCUGGAGAUCACUGCGUUCCUUUCCACCGCAAUAUUGGACUGAAUGGUUGGUUUUAUAGAGGAACAACAAACCUGUCUAUUAACAUUUGCACAACAUCAGUAGCGGGUGGUGGAUCCUUUUACCCAAAUUCCUCAGAUGAUAAAGUCCCCUGGAAAGAAUACAGAAGAGGAGGUCCUGAAUAUGCUAACUGGAGCAUCACUCCUGAUCACUCUGAGCUGCCGUACUGGAAGUGGUUUGUGUGCAGAUUCCAGAAAGAUCUAGAGACGUACUACAGUAAGACAUUCGAGGGAAAUGGAGAGAUUCCAGGUGAAUGGAAAAAAUACACAAAAAAGGAUGCCCUGGAUAGUUUGGACAAGUACUUGUAAUGGGAAAGUGAACAAAUGCAACAUGUCAAUCCAGAUGAUGUUUGUACAUCCUGAUAUCCUUGUUUUUUUUCUUCUUUUUUUCAUUUCAACAUGCAUACAAAUAUUGUUAUGUUUAUUUUAAACAGUGCUGGGCUUUUCAUUUAGAUGCACUGUAGGUACAUUGAUCAGUCAAAUUGUAGAGAGAUAAUUGUGACUGUUAAAGCUAGUGGGAAGUGUUUAACAAUUUACUAAAUGUAUCCUCGGUUUCUAAAAAUAAAUUGAAAGGGGUUGUUUGUUUUAUUUUUCUUGCUUAAAUUUUCUGUGACUUAUGAGAUAUUUUGAAUUCUUCUAAGCAAUUGUUAGAUGUGAUGAUGCCAUGUAAUUCUCUGGGUCUGACUCAAAUAGACAAAUUGUUAUGUGACGUACAAUCUGCAUUAUAUUUACUAUUUGGGAUUUAUACAGCAUCUGAAAGCUCAAUAAAUAAGCCAUAUGUUGAUGCAUGGUUUGUUAGGAGAGGACUAUAUUUGAAAAUCUGGAAUCUGUGGGUUCAAAUGAAGUUCUUAGCAAUGCGUAUUACUAACCAAAAAUUCCAAGUAUUUUAAUGUAUCAUGAUCUUUGCUUAACAUCCUAAUGAUUUGGACAUAAAAGAAAAAGUUAUAAUAUUGACUCAUACAUUGCAUUGUGUUGUAUUUUACACUGGACUCAAUUUGCUAGACUGUUUUGCUAUCUUAUAUCCACUCUGAAUAAAAAUUCAACAGGUAUACAAACACCAUGAAAAAAAGGCCAACCACAUUAUUUCACAUAUCAGAGAUGAAAAUGCAUCAUGAAACUCUUAACUACUUUACAAAGCUCUCAUGGUAACUAGUAAAAUAUUUCCAAUUGUACUUGUGGUUAUUACAGACAUGUUCUACUGUGGCCUACAUGUUUUAAUGAAUUGUGUGAUGAUGUUAAUUAUGAAUAAAGCUCAGUGAAUGAAUUGAAAUUA